AUGGCGAAGCGCCCUCGCCGGAACCGGAGGUCGCCGGCGCUCCGGGCAGCGUUCCAGGAGACUAGCAUUACCCCCGCGAACCUCGUCCUCCCUCUGUUCAUCCACGAAGGUGAAGAAGACACUCCCAUUGGAGCUAUGCCUGGGUGCUUCAGGCUUGGAUGGAGGCAUGGGCUUCUGGAAGAGGUUUACAAGUCACGCGAUGUUGGUGUUAACAGCUUUGUGCUAUUUCCAAAGGUUCCUGAUGGAUUAAAGGUUAUCUACACUGAUGUUGCUUUGGAUCCUUAUUCUUCUGAUGGUCAUGAUGGCAUUGUGAGGGAAGAUGGAGUCAUCAUGAACGAUGAAACAGUGCAUCAGCUGUGCAAGCAGGCAGUUUCCCAGGCUCGAGCUGGUGCUGAUGUUGUCAGUCCUAGUGACAUGAUGGAUGGUCGUGUUGGAGCAAUUCGGGCUGCACUAGAUGCAGAGGGUUUCAAUGAUGUCUCCAUCAUGUCCUACACUGCAAAGUAUGCUAGUUCGUUUUAUGGUCCAUUCCGUGAAGCUUUGGAUUCAAAUCCACGAUUUGGAGACAAGAAGACUUAUCAGAUGAACCCAGCAAAUUACAGAGAAGCCCUUAUAGAAACUGCAGCAGAUGAGGCAGAAGGGGCAGAUAUUCUUCUGGUGAAACCCGGAUUACCAUACCUGGAUAUUAUCCGACUCCUACGGGAUAAUUCAGCCUUGCCGAUUGCUGCAUACCAGGUGUCGGGCGAGUACUCGAUGAUCAAGGCCGGCGGCGUGCUGAAGAUGGUGGACGAGGAGAAGGUGAUGAUGGAGUCGCUGCUGUGCCUCCGGCGCGCGGGCGCCGACAUCAUUCUCACCUACUUUGCCCGCCAGGCCGCCAACGUCCUCUGCGGGGCCAACCGGCCGUAG